AUGUAGGCUAUAGGCUAUAUGGGCGGUGUGGUUUCUAGAUGCGGACUGUGCAUGCAGGUAUAGUGACCGACGGGCAGUUCCUGAGGCAGCCUGCAGGCGGCGCUGAGUGAUGACAGCGGCUCUCUGGAUAAACAGACAGACAGGCAGACAGACAGGUGGAUCUCCUCCGGCUGCAGUGAUGUCGUCCCCCUCCCCCCCCCUCUCUGACCUGUCCCGUCUCUACCAGACUGAGUUUGUGCGUAGCGCCCGUGCCGUCGGCGUCCUCUGGGCCGUGUGUACGCUCUGCUUCGCCAUCAUCCAGGUGGUCGUCCUGGUGCAGCCGUCCUGGAUCGGCACCGGCGCCACCCGCCACACAGGGCUGGGCCCGGUCCCGCCCAGCGGCACCCUGGGACUGUUUGAGGUGUGUGUGGAGUCUGACUGGCCGGUCCCGGACUGUCGUGGCGGUCUGUCCAGUCUGUCCCCUCUGCCGUCCUUCCAGUCGGUGGCGGUGCUGGUGGGGGUGUCUCUGUGGGCCGUGUGGACCAGCGUCCUCUGUCUCUGUCUCUUCAGGUUCUGCAGCGCCGCCACCGUCUACAAGAUCUGCGCCUGGCUGCAGCUCACUGCAGGUUUCUGUCUGGCGUUGGCUUGUCUUCUGUUUCCAGACUCGUGGGAGAGUCCAGAGAUGAGAGCUCUGUGUGGAAACUCUGUGGGCAGUUUCUCUCCAGGUAACUGUUCGGUCCACUGGGCCUACAUCCUGGCCAUCCUGGGCAUUCUGGACGCCGCCAUCUUGGCCACGCUGGCCUUCGUCCUCGCCAACAGACAGGACCCCUGCCUGUAA